GGUGGCGGAAGUGGGAGCGGGGCUGGAGUCUUGGCCGUAAAGCCCGAGGCGGCGGGUUUGGAGAGCGGUGAGGAGAGCGCUGCGCCCGGAACUUGGACUUCUCUGCCCUUGUCCUUUUUUGCCUCUCCUCGGCGGGAGCCCUCGCGACGCGCCCGGCCCGGAGCCCCAGCGGAGCGGCCGCGUUUGAAGGAUGACCUCUAGGAAGAAAGUGUUGCUGAAGGUUAUCAUCCUGGGAGAUUCUGGAGUCGGUAAGACAUCACUCAUGAACCAGUACGUGAACAAGAAAUUCAGUAAUCAGUACAAAGCCACAAUAGGAGCAGACUUUCUUACAAAGGAGGUGAUGGUGGAUGACAGACUAGUUACAAUGCAGAUCUGGGACACGGCAGGACAGGAACGCUUCCAGUCUCUUGGCGUGGCCUUCUACAGAGGUGCAGACUGCUGUGUUCUGGUGUUUGAUGUGACUGCCCCCAACACGUUCAAAACUCUUGAUAGCUGGAGAGAUGAGUUUCUCAUUCAGGCCAGUCCCCGGGAUCCUGAAAAUUUCCCCUUUGUCGUGCUGGGAAACAAGAUUGACCUCGAAAACAGACAAGUGGCCACAAAGCGGGCGCAGGCCUGGUGUUACAGCAAAAACAACAUUCCCUACUUCGAGACCAGUGCCAAGGAGGCCAUCAAUGUGGAGCAGGCGUUCCAGACGAUUGCACGGAAUGCACUUAAACAGGAAACGGAGGUGGAGCUGUACAAUGAAUUCCCUGAGCCCAUCAAACUGGACAAGAAUGACCGGGCCAAGCCCUCCACAGAAACCUGCAGCUGCUGAAGGGGCAGUGAGAGCAGAGCACAGAGUCCUUCACAAACCAAGAACACACUUAAGCCUUCCGACACAGGCUCCCUCUACUCUUCCAAACAAAACAUAAAGAUCUCUCAUAUCCAGCUGCCAAAAGAAACCCCACUAAACACUCAUCCCUCCACAUACAACACACACACAGACACACAGAUCUGACACAAGCAGACAGACUCCAGCCCAGGCCUGUGAUGGCUCCAGUGGGGUUUGCCCUCCUGCCACGUCACUGUGACAGCAGGAUGAACCAGCUGUAGAAAUCAUUCUGGUGUGGAGUUGGCAUUGGAAGCUUUUUCUUUUUGUCCACUGGAGAGAGAGAACUGUUUACAGUUUAUCUGUGUCUGAUUAGUUUUCUGAUUUUUUUUUAACGGUCUUGUGGUCUUUUUACUGCCCUUGCACCCCUACCCCCCACUCCUGUGAAGGCUACCACUUGGGAAGGCUGGUGCCCCAUGCUUCAUUACAGGCUCACACCCAGUCUGAUCAGGCUGAGUUUUGUAUGUAUCUGUUAAUGCUUGUUACUUUUAACUAAUCAGAUCUUUUUACAGUAUCCAUUUAUUAUGUAAUGCUUCUUAGAAAAGAAUCUUAUAGUACAUGUUAAUAUAUGCAACCAAUUAAAAAUGUAUAAAUUAGUGUAAGAAAUUCUUGGAUUAUGUGUUUAAGUCCUGUAAUGCAGGCGUGUAAGAUGGAGGGUUGAACCCUGUCUGGAUUGCAGAGUGUUAGCAACUCAGAAGUCCAGCUAGAGGCAGUAUUCUGUACAGUAGACACAAGAAUUAUGUACGCCUUUUAUCAAAGACUUCAGAGCCAAAAAGCUUUUCAUCUCUCCAGGAGGAAAACUGUCUAGUUCCCUUCUGUAUCUGAAUUUGGAUGGAUAAACGGCUGUUCUUUCAGAAAUUAAAAUUCUCGCUUUUCCUUUUUUUUUUGCUCCACGCUUCUGAACUCCCCCAUUAGAUCACUACCCCACUUAUAAGAGAGAGAGGAAAAUCUAACAGAUCUGUCCUAGUGAUUUCACCUUUGUUCUAGAAGGCGCUCCUUUCAGGUUGUGGUAUCCUUAGGUUAGCAAACCUGUUCCUCCUUUUCCCCACCGACUCCCCACUUGCACAUCAUUAAUUAACCUGGUUCUUUGGUAUGGAACCCUUGCAGUUCUGCCCCUUCCCUAGGAUCUGCCCCUGCACUGUAGCUUGCUUAACGGAGCACUUCCCCUUUCCCCUUUUUCCGAAGGUCUACAUUCUAGGGUGUGGGCCAAGUUCUGUAAAGAGAUGAACGUGAUGCCAAUAAAAUGUAACAAGGACAAAGAUUA